AUGAACGGAAGAGACGACAAUACCCACACAGGCACCAUUUCCAACUUGAGUGCCGGGUUGAAACUGGUUUCACUCGCCGAUCAGCAACAAAAUGCGGUCAACUUGAAUUUGCUACAGCAACACCUCCAUAACGAAACCGAUAACAGUGCUACACAGAAUCGGAUUAGCCGCUUUUUCGCCAACCAGCCCACCGAAGGUUAUACGCUCUUCUCGCACCGGUCCGCGCCCAACGGGUUCAAGGUGGCUAUUAUUUUGCUGGAACUUGACUCACCUUUCAACACCAUCUUCUUGGACUUCAACAACGGUGAGCAGCGUGCUCCGGAGUUUGUGUCCAUCAACCCGAACGCACGUGUGCCUGCGUUGAUUGACCAUGCCAACGAUAACACCUCCAUUUGGGAGUCGGGCGCCAUUAUUUUGUACUUGGUUUCCAAGUAUUUGAAAGAGCAGGGCGAGUGUCCACUCUGGUCUGAUAAUAUGGUAGAGCAGUCGCAGAUUUCCUCCUGGCUCUUUUUCCAGACUUCUGGCCAUGCUCCAAUGAUUGGACAGGCUUUACACUUCCGUUACUUCCAUUCGUGCCCUGUUCCAUCUGCUGUGGAGAGAUACACCGAUGAGGUGAGACGAGUUUAUGGAGUCAUCGAGAUGGCUUUGGCCGAGCGCAGAGAGGCCUUGAUCAUGGACUUGGACCGCGACAACGCAGCCGCCUACUCCGCAGGAACUACGCCCUUGAGCUCUUCUAGAUAUUUCGACUAUCCCGUGUGGCUCGUCGGAGACCGUGCUACAGUGGCCGACUUGUCGUUUGUGCCAUGGAAUAACGUGGUGGACAGAAUUGGAAUUAAUCUUAAACUGGAAUUUCCAGAGGUAUAUAAAUGGACAAAGAACAUGAUGAGGCGACCAGCUGUGAUUCGUGCUUUGAGAGGAGACUAA